AUGAAGCCUAUGCACAGAAAGAGAGCCAAGAGACAGUGGAACAGGAGUGCUGUGGCCUAUCUCAGUAUGUCUACCGCCAUGAUGAAGAUGGCUCUUAGUAUGAGAUGCAUGCCACCUCUCCAGAAGAAGAAUGGGUUAUCUCUCCAGAAGCAAAAACUGAGUAAGCCUUUUGAGGCCCUGGAGAAUAUUGUUGGCCGUAGAAUUUGUCAUGGCUGGACAGAAGCCAAUGAACCAGUCACCCAGAGGAAAUCCAUCAUUCUAGAUCAACUGCCAACAUAUCCCUCUCUCUAUUUGUUGAAAUAUGAUGGGAUUGAUUGUGUCUAUGGCUUGGAGCUUCCCAGCGAUGAAAGGAUUUUAAACCUUAAGAUCCUGCCUAAUAAUGUGCCAUUUCCUCAGGUGACAGACACUCAUCUGUCAAACACCAUAGUUGGCAGAGCAGUGAAACAUACAUUCACGGGCACAAAUGGCUCUAAGGAAGACUGGAAUGGGAUGGUCCUAGAGGAGGUGCCAAUCAUGAAGACCUGGUUCUAUAUUACCUACAAGAAUGAUCCGAAUGAUCCAGUCCUGUACGUUUACCACCAUCUUGAUGACUCCAUUGAAGGCAACCUCCACAUCAUGCCUGAAUGUCCUCCAGUAGAGGUGACUUUGGAAUUAGGCAGGGAUUCCUUGGCAGGCAAAAGUAUGCAGUACAACAAAAAAGAUGGAACCCAAGAGAUAGGCAAAAUUAUUUGCCAAGUUCCCACCAAACCUUCUGUGUAUUUCAUCAAGUUUGAUAAUGACUUCCAUAUCUAUGUCUAUGAUUUGGUGAAGAUAUUAGAAAUGGAGAAA